AAUAAUAAUAAUCAAGUGGUGGUCAACUGUACGAAAAACUUUACAAUACAUAAUACAGUCGACAGUCCCGAGUUUCGUGAACUUAGCCGAUGUCGUCAAGUGGACGGCUGGGUACGCAUAUAUCUACUCGAAUGGGACACCCGGGCCGUACUGGACAACCUAUCCCUGCCGUUGUUGACCGAAAUCCGGGACUAUUUGUUUAUAUUUCGUGUACCGGCUGUUACCACACUAGCCACAUGGUUUCCCAAUUUACAGUAUAUCCGCGGACGGGUAUCAUUUUAUGGUUAUGCACUGGUAGUUUUCGAUAUGAAACAACUGAGACGACUGGGUUUCAGUCAACAAUUGGUUCAUAUUAAAGGCGGCGUACGUAUUGAAUCCGUACCCAAACUAUGUAUCUAUAAUACACAAGAUUUCUGGACCUUAGGAAAGGCUGUUCCCAAGCACUCGGAUACUGGUCGACACAACAACAGUUGGUCACAAUUACCGGACUUUAAUGUCAGUAUCAAUCAGCACAACGAUGACGACAACAAAAAUCAAGUAUUGCAUAUCCGAUGGGACGCCGCCGCCGCCGCCGCCGCCGAUGAUGAUAACAACCUAACCGCCACCACCAAACAACAAGUGGACAACUAUAUCAUCAGUGUCAACGAAAUUGUCGACUAUAGCACCGACCUACAGAUGCAUACAACCGUUUGCAAUGGAUCGGCAUCAGUGUCGGGAUCGGCGUCGGCACUUGUAUUGCCACCGAACGAGACUAUCAUCUGUCAGCUACAGUCGGACGACCAGCGAGCUGUCCAACAGGUUAUCUACUAUUUUGUUGGACACAAAGUUGAAAGUAUGGACCAGUUUUUAGGUCGCAUCCAAUCGCAUGUCUAUCGCAAGGGUGGCGUUACCUAUGAUGUCAAUACCGAAAACACCAAUUACCCGACCUAUGACCCGCCCAUCUAUCGGAUUCGUGGCCAAAACUAUCGGGACGUUGGCGUCAAAACGGUUGGCUACAAACACUUGGCCGGCGGCUACGAUAUGGACGUCCGACAUAUGACAACCUAUUAUGUGGUGGUUAAGGCCUGCUAUAAUCAUCAUCAUCAUCAUCGGCAGCCUAACCACUGUGAGGAUGUGGCCCAUCAAAAAAUUUCGUCCAAACCUAAAGCAUCGGCUGACAACAUAAUUGACAACACUGUCGAGCAUCGGGUUAACGGCAAUACCGUUACCAUCAAAUGGGAUGAACCGGUUAAACCAAAUGUUGCCAUCAGAUCCUAUCAGAUACAGUACCUGGAGUUUAACAAUGGGACAAACGUAGAAAACGGUACCUUUUGUCUGGAUUAUUGGCAAUACCUUAGAAAUGGCCGAUCGUUUACCAUAACUAAUCUAAUCUAUGGCGAAGAAUAUUCAUUUCGUUUGCGUACCAAUUCAUUGAACGGUUGGUCCAAAUGGAGUAAUGAUCACUAUUUCAAUGUGUCCGGCGUAGACUUCAGUGUUACCACUGAUCCAACAUUUAUUACUAAAGACACAGAUCCCGGACCAGUCGUCUAUAUAACUGUCGGCCUAACAAUACUGCUCAUACUGUUCGUACUGAUGGCCGCCCUAUGCUAUCUGAAGGCGCCGAAAAAAUCCAACUCCCAAUUGGACAUAAUUUCCGUAAAUCCUGAAUACGAAAAGUUUAUCGUUGAUCCGGACUGGGAGGUCAGCUCCAAGGAUCUGAAAACUUUCGACAUAUUAGGCGACGGCGCCUUCGGUCGUGUCUAUUAUGGCGAACUUCGCCGUAAUAGUAAACUGAUUCCCUGUGCUGUGAAGACAUUGAACACACAGAACAAGAGUGUCCAACAAAGAGACAACUUUCUCAAAGAGGCCAACAUUAUGAAAUCUUUUGUCGACUGUCACCAUAUUGUCAAACUGAUUGGUGUUGUAUCAGUUGAAAACCCGGUGCUCGUACUCAUGGAAUAUAUGCCUAACGGCGAUCUCAAGACAUAUCUGCGCCGCAAUCGACCCGAUAGUGACGAAAACCCUAAUCCACGAGUGCCGACAUUUGCCAGGAUAUUUCAGAUGGCCGUCGAAAUUGCCGACGGUAUGUCCUAUCUGGCCGCCCAUAAGUUUGUCCAUCGUGAUUUGGCCGCACGAAACUGUAUGGUUGCCGAAGAUUUGACGGUUAAAAUUGGCGAUUUCGGUAUGACUCGCGAUAUCUACGAUAACGACUACUAUAGAAAACGUGACUGUUGUCUACAACCGGUCCGUUGGAUGUCACCCGAAGCCCUCAAAGACGGCGUAUUUACCACUUAUUCGGAUAUCUGGGCCUACGGUGUUGUACUGUACGAAAUUGUAACUCUGGGCGCUCAGCCCUACCAGGGACUGACCAACGAUAAUGUAUUGCAUGCAGUCAUCAAAGGUUUUCGGCUACCGGAGCCGGAAAAGUGUCCGAAAAAGCUUUGGCGAAUAAUGCAGUUUUGUUUUAAAAAACAUCCGAAAGCCAGGCCAUCGUUUUCGGAGAUUACCGAAUAUCUGUUGCCGAACGCCAACCAAUCGUUUCGCGAAGUUUGCUAUUUUUUGACCCGUGCGGCAGCGGCUGCGGCGGCCACGGCGUCUAACAAAUCGCACGAACCGUUCAAACGGUUUCUCUAUUCGCUGAUUCCGGCCAAUCGGCUAAUGCUGAACGAUCUGAAUCCUAAACAACACCAACACCGCCACCACCACCACCACCAGCAACAACAACAUAACGAUUGGUCAUCUGAUGACAACAAUCAACAACAACAACAAUACAAUCCUAUAGGUGGUGGUACCCAAUACUGUCCGAUGAGUCCAAUGUUUAGCGAUAAUGAUCCGUCAAUACAUGAGCCGAACUGCGAUUGCUAUGAGCACAACACAGCGGCUACUGCACCGACGGCUCCACAGUCAGUGGUGGUCAACAACAACAGUAACGGUCGCACUAUAGGUGACCAGUCGGCGAAAGUGGUGGCCAUCAGAAAUGCCAAAAAUGUUGCCGCCGUCGUAGUCGUCGACAACAUCGGUAUUAUCGACGAUAAUGACGCUGAUGACAGACAACUGGACGUUAAGUCGGCAUCGAUUAUAUCGAUGAGCGACCAGUUGACCGAACGGUGCAAAAAUAUUAUUACCAAUCGGUUUCAUCAACAGUAUAAAGAGUCGGGAGUCGACACAACCAAUACUACUACCACUACUACUUUAAACACUCAAACAUCCAUUACCACCACCGAUGACAACAAUGAUACCACCGAUGAUGAUGAGGAUGAAGAGGAGGAGGAGGAGGAGGAUGACGAUGAUAGUGAUGAUAGUGAUAGCAAUUUACAGGCAAUGAUCGUUGAAGACAGCUGUCAGCCAUCAUCACCACCAGCACCGCCACCACCACAACAUCCAUCAUCUGAUCGUAAUCGACGACUCAUAUCGUAUGUCAACUAAACACCAAUAGACACCCAUAAAACUUGAUCAACAAAAGAGCUUAAACACACCCACCCACACACACAUCGUUAAACAUAACAUUACACACACACACACACACACUACUGUCCAUCAAUUAAGGGAACAGUAGGUGUGUGACACAUACAUACACACAUACACAUCGGAUAAUUGAUUAGUCAAACUUGAAACUCAAACUUUUUUUUUAAUAAAAUAAUAAAUAAAUUAAAUAAAUUGUGUCAAAAAAAAAUUUAAAUAAUUUUUGUUCACUGUAUAUACAUA